GUGAAAUAUUAAAAUUUAAAAUGGAAAUGUUUAUGGCAGAAGUAACCUAUGAAAUCAAUCAAUAUGAAGAUUGUUUAGAGUAUUUAAUACCUUUAAUGAGAAAUUCUUCUGAUGUCAAUAUUUAUAAAAUUAAAAUGUGGUCUAAUUGUUAUAAACAAAUCAUAAAUAAAAAACGUUCUGCCUGGCGUCAUAUGUUAAAACAAGAAAAUUGUUCAGAUUUAAGUAGUUAUGACUGGUCAAUUUUUAAUGAAUACAAACUGAGUAUUUCAUCUGAUAUCAAACUUACCUGCAAUGAAAUUAUUUUAUUCAUUAAUGAUCAUUUGAUGGGUGCCAUUAAAAAUGUUGACCAUAAAGUAUUAAUGUAUCAAAUUUGUGGUGAUUAUCACAGGUAUAAAGCUGAAGUAUGUAACGAUAAAAUUAAAUUGUAUAAUCAUCAUAAAGCUCUAAAUGAGUUCAAAUCUGGUUGGAUGCUCUGUUUGAAAAAUACUGUUAGUGCAGUUAUCAUAUUGUAUUUUGCUGUUAAAUAUGCCAUUUGUUUAGAAUUUGUGCAUGGACCUAAUAAAGCUUUAUCACUCAUUAUGAAAGCAUUAAGCUUGACCAAUCAAAAUUAUAGCAGUAUAGAUGAGCCCAUAAAUGUCAUGGUCGAUCGUGUAAUUAUUUAUAAGCAAACUCUUAUCAAUAAAAUAGACAUGAACAAUGUGUUGUAAUUAACAAAUAGUAAAUCA